ACGCAUGCUGUUUCAGAUGUAAUUCGGCGGAAUCGACCAGGGACAAAACGGGAGGAGUGGUGUCAGUGGCCUGAUGAAGUUUUUGACGAAGUUGAUAGCACACUUGCCGUACAACAAUUCAUACAACAGUUGAUACGGAAGGACUUCCGGAACGUCGAUGCUAUUCUUACUCCACCAGAGGGUCAGGAUCAGGGCGUCUGGAAGUACGAGCACCUUCGCCAGUUCUGCAUGGAACUAAAUGGUCUUGCGAUUCUCCUUCAAGAUCAUUGCACCCCGGAAACAUGCGCCCAAAUGACUGCAACUGAGCAAUGGAUCUUUUUGUGUGCAGCUCACAAAACCCCAAAAGAGUGUCCGGCCAUUAACUACACGCGCCACACGUUGGACGGCGCAGCCUGUCUCUUAAACAGCAGCAAAUACUUCCCUAGUCGAGUUACCAUCAAGGAGUCGUCGAUCGCUAAAUUGAGCUCGGUCUGUCGACGGGUGUAUAGAAUAUUCUCACAUGCUUACUACCACCACCGAUGCCUUUUUGACGACUUCGAGGAAAGAACCUCCCUGUGUCAUCGAUUCACAGCGUUCGUGCUCAAGUACAAUCUGAUGAACAAACAGAACCUUCUAGUGCCCAUGGCGGGCGCAGAUAUCGAGGAGGUUGGAUCGGUUGACGGUGGAAGCACGGAGUCCUCGGAAGCGACAACCGCCGCCGCCGCCUUGGAGACCUCAAGCGUCGACUCGGCCGUCUAA